UCCAGAUUGAAUUUACGAACGCACCAUUAUGGCUCUGGUUUUAGGCGGCAUAUUGUGACAUCACAACCAAUCCCCCACUCAGAAUGCGUGCCAAUGCUUCGUGGAAAUAACCGACACACGGAACAUGAGUGUUACUUUUUUCUGGUGCCAUUUAGCGAACACCAGAGACAUACCUGUACGCACUACGUCCGCCCCACACGGGGAGGGGUUUUGAAUGUUUUUGUGUGACUGUCAAGUCGACUCUAAUUUGAAAUCGAGAAAAAUAAGACGUCGGACUGAAGAUCAAUCAUAUAGCUCACCGACUCCGGUCUGUUUUGCGGUCUACUUAUCCUAUUCUAUAUUUUUAUUGAGAAGCAAUCAGUCAAGGAAUAUUAAGUCUGUUCUGGUGUGGUGUGGUGCUGGGGAUUUUAUAUCCACCUCGUCUUUUUAGAAGAAUGGCGAGAGACGCUAAACAUUGCCCCCUAUCACCAAUGAAAAACAGUUUGUUGGUGACAGCAGGGAUACUUCUGAUUAUUCAAGCUGCUUCGUGUCAGCGGGUGAAGGUGGUGCCAGAGGUGGAGGCGUACCCCACCGAGUCGGUCGACCUGCGCUGUCAGUUUGUCGACGGAGGAAACACCAAGCUCACACAGGUGUCGUGGAUAUGGGAGCCCACGGAAGGCCAGAGGGACAACAUUGCCGUCUUUCACCCCACAUACGGCGAGAGCUUCCCCGAAUCUCCCUUCAACGGGCGUGUCCGCUUCAUCCAAGGCACCUUGACAAACCCCUCCAUUACCAUCACCAGCCUCAAGAUGGCCGACGCCGGGCGUUACACCUGCGAGUAUGCCACUUACCCCAGCGGCAAUGAGCAAGGCACCACCAAUCUGGUCAUACUUGCGAAACCCAAGAAUUCUGCAUUUCCUGUUAUCGUCCAAGCCAGCACAAGCGGUAAACCAGUGGUCGUGGCCAAGUGUGAGGCGGCCGACGGCAAGCCAGCAGCCACCAUCAAGUGGAUGGGAGAAGUCGGUGGCACCGAAAACACCACUUCCAAAAAAGGGCUGGACGGCACGGUGACAGUGAUGGGCGAGUACCUACUGGUGCCCACGCCCGAGGACAACGGCAAGGAGGUCACCUGCAUGAUCAGCCAGCGCACUCAGGACAAGCCGCAGAUCUUCCCCAUGAAGCUGUCCGUCGAGUAUCCCCCGACUGUGUCCAUAGUGGGCUAUGAUAACAACUGGUACAUUGGCCGGACCGACGCUGUCCUGACCUGCCAGGCCACUGGCAACCCUGCCCCCACCAACGUCACUUGGACAGCCAUGUCCGGUCGGAUGCCUGACACGGUACAGAUCAGCGCCAACAAGCUGAUCGUGCGAAAGGUGGACGAGGCUGUGAACACCACCUUUGUCUGCGAGGUGAAGAACCGGCUGGGAGUGAGCAAGCACCAGGUCACCACGGCGGUCAUCGAGGCCAUAGUGGACCCGUCCAACGCGGGUGUGGUGGCGGGGGCUAUCAUCGGCAGCCUGCUGGCCCUGCUGCUGGUCAGCUCGCUGAUUGCUGUCCUGGUGACCCGCAGUCGCCGGCAACGGCGCGGUUACCCCGGCAAUGGGGAGCCUGGCGCCUACGGGAACAAAGCCCGCCUCUUCGCCGGAGCUGGCAACAAGAACGAAGGCACGGGGGCCAACAUCAACGGGCCCAUCUAUACGUACCGCGAGAGCGACCCCGGAGCGCUGGCGGAGAAUGCCAACGACUUCCACGGCCCGCCAGGCUCCACUCCCACCGCCCACGACAUCCUGCUGAGCAGCGAGAUGGACGAGGCGGAGCGCAGGAAAUUUGACGCCCUCGACGACAGCCUGGAGGAGGAAGAGGAGCGCUACGACAGCUUCAGCGUGGGCAUGGCGCCAGCCUAUCACAUCCACCGGCACAACGAGGAGAUGGGAGGGGUCAGCAUGUACCUGGACGACGACAUGGAGUCACAGCGGGACGGGUCGGUCAUCUCCCGGACUGCCAUCUACGUCUAGAGAGGGGCGGUCACCCAACAGGGUCCAGGAGGGAGAGUCCACCACCAACCACCUGUCUGGAACGAUACCGCCAACAACCACCCCUCCCCCUGCAUACUAAAUAGACAUGCUACGCUUAUGGUCAUUUUACAAAAGAAUAUCACUACAGAAACAAAACAAGGCGUUGAAACUGAACUGUAACUGAUGAACAAGCAGAAUGAUAACUUGAGUGCGCUGGUCAGUGACUAGACAUCUCGUUAAGUCAGUCAGUCUACCAAAAUAAAUUGUAACAAUGUAACUCAUCUUCAAUGCUGCUUACUGCUCCAUUUCAGCUUAGCAAGUGAAACGUGAAGAAUGACCACGUGACUGCGUCAGUAGCCAACUAAUCCACAGGACUGUAAACACUAAGACUUUUUCUUGGUAAGGAAACGCAUCGUUCAAUGUCGUCGUCAUGGUAAAACUUUUAGAUGUGUUCAUAGACGGUCACGCUCGUUCUAUAACCACGGCUACUGCUUGAAGACGUCCUCCAGCGGACCGCGGUGUGGAGGACAAGGAACAAAGCUGCAACUUGUUGUCUUAAUGUGCAUCAUCACAGGCGUUCCAUAGCACAGUGUUACGUAAAUGGUCUUUUGUAUUAUCAAGAUGUUUGGGCCUUCAGGCCUUGUUGAAUCACAUUUUGGUGUUAAUGACUCAUAAUGACUCAGGCAGAGUUAGUCCCACCAACUUAGUUUCCAAUUUCCAUUUCCUUCCUCCUUUUAGUUUUUUCCCCCCCAUUUAUUUUAUUUUAUUUUAUAUAUGGGAGGCCAGCGACAUGGUAGACUGAGCUGGAGCUGGGGUUUGGAUGAGAGAAAUGGUGCGACAACAUCUGUUUUUGUUUUUCCAACUGUCUGUUGGCUGUUCAUGUUGGUGGAACGUCACUGCUAAGUGAAGGGCAGCGCGUCAGCUGGAACCAUCACAGGGCAUUGGGCCCCGUGCCAGGCUGUACUAGCCUUCCACGCUGAGGGACCAACCAGCUCCUGGAAUGAUCGGAGCCACGUCUAGUCUGCCUAGCGAUAGUGUAAGACAGACCGGCAUGCACACCCAGCUCUAACUGAAACUCCUGCUCGGCCUGUCAGUUUGACCAAUUAAAAAAAGGAAGCGUACUCCAUUUCCCCGGCAAGUCAAUAAAUGUGCCGUCUAUUUAAUGGUUAAGAAAUGUUUCGCCGCUGAUCCUCGAGGGACCGGAGGCGGAAUAUUUCCCUUGUUUGUUUUUUUUGUUUUUACCAGAACAAGCUGUUCCUAGCCCACUUGUUUAAUUCAGGAGUAGAAGAAGCAUACAAGUGUUGCGCAUUAUCUUAUGUAGAGGUAUAGAGCGAGAGAGGUUGAUUUCCGGCUGGUAUUGAGUGCUUUUGCGAUUCUUCUUCUUAUUUUUUUAAUGCAGUUAAGCCCAAGCAUUAAUAAGACAAGCCGCACAUACGGCUGAAAUAGCGAAGUUUCGCUCCCGAACACAGUAGGAGUUAGGAGGUCGACCGUCUGCCUUGUUGUCGACCGUCAACGAUCGAUCAUCUACUUCAAAAUUCAGUAUUAUCAUUAUUUUUGCAGAGCGAAAUGCUUAGUUGAGUUGUUUUUGCUGUAUGUUAAUGGACAAAUCUCUGCCGGGCCUGCUAAGGGGGCAGUAACACACAAAAUACGCCUGUGACUGUGUGCGGGGAUAUUUCUGACCAUGUGCGAGGCCCAUUACUUCUGGCUGAGUUGACCGAAUUUGACUCGCUGCCAGACUUGGUACGAGGUUAAGGCUAACCCCACCCGCAGUAUGUUCCUCUGUCGGAUUGGCGCCGUUCACUUUAAAGUAGCGGCCGAGUGUGUGUGCUGACUAGUGUGUGUGUGUGUGUAGUGUGAUUGUACAGAUUCGAGUUGUGUAUAUCCCACAUGCUGAUUCACCGCGCAAUAGCCCAAUGUUAUGCAGGAGUUGUUUUGCAUAAUGUCAUACAUAUGGAUGGCUAAGCCUAUCUCUGAGUCAUUCAUCAGUCAUUUCAUGCACAGUAACCUCACUGAUGAAGGGGUUGUGGGACGGUGAUAGGAAACUGCUUAGCACGGGGACCCGCAUGGACAUGAAUAUUACACUGGCGGAGCCGGAAUGAAGCCGGACUGGCUCAAAGGGCCUUUGGCGUGGUCUCCUGUGCCAGAUGGAAACUUGAUUGGGUAUUGGUGUCCGGGCCGUUGCUCUGUAAAUAUUGUGACCCACUCCCCUUCCUUUGCUUUUUCUUAUCACAGAUAGAGGUCGACUGAUUAUGAUUUUUCAACGGCGAUACCGAUUUAUUGGAGGACCAAAAAAAAGCCAAUACCGAUUAAUCAGACGUUUAUUUUAUUUUUUUUCAAAUUUUUAUUUUAUUUUUUUAUAUAUAUAUUUUUUUAUUCAUGUUUUUUUUUAAAAUAUAUUUAAUAAUGACAAUUACAUCAAUACUGAAUGAACAAUGAGCACUUUUAUUUUUACUUAAUAAAAUCUGUUUAGUCUCAAAUAAAUAAUGAAACAUGUUCAAUUUGGUUGCAUAAUGCAAAAACACAGUGUUGUAGAAGAAAGUAGAAGUGCAAUAUGUUCCAUGUAAAAAAAGCUAAUGUUUAAGUUCCUUGCUGAGAACAUAUGAAAGCUGAUGGUUCAAUAUUCCCAGUUAAGAAGUUUUAGGUUGUAGUUAUUAUAGGAAUUAUGAUGCGUCGACUAUUUCUCUAUACCAUUUGUAUUUCGUAUACCUUUGACAAUUGGAUGUUCUUAUAGGCACUUUAGUAUUGCCAGCCUAAUCUUCGGGAGUUGAUAGGCUUGAAGUCAUAAACGGCGCUGUGUGUCAAGCAUUGCUAAGAGCUGCUGGCAAACGCAGUAAAGUGCUGUUUGAAGGAACGCUUACGAGCCUGCUGCUGCCUACCACCGUUCAGUCAGACUGCUCUAUCAAAUAUUAAAUCAUACACUUAAUUAUAUAUAUAUAUAAUAAACACAGAAAUACGAGCCUUUGGUCAUUAAUAUGGUCAAAUCUGGAAACUAUCAUUUCGAGAGAGAAACUUUAAUCUUUCAGUAAAUAUGGAACCGUUCCGUAUUUUAUCGAACAGGUGGCAACCCUAAGUCUAAAUAUUUCUGUUACAUUGCACAACCUUCAAUGUUAUGUCAUAAUUAUGUAAAAUUCUGGCAAAUUAGUUUACAGUUCGCAACGAGCCAGGCGGCCCAAACUGCUGCACAUACCCUGACUCUGCUUGCACUGAACGCAAGAGAAGUGACACAAUUUCCCUAGUUAAUAUUGCCUGCUAACAUGAAUUUCUAUUAACUAAAUAUGCAGGUUUAAAAAAUAUAUACUUCUGUGUAUUGAUUUUAAGAAAGGCAUUGAUGUUUAUGGUUAGGUACAUUUUUCGUGAAUGCGCAUUUGUUAAAUCAUCGCCCGUUUGGUGAAAUUGAAGUAGGCUGUGAUACGAUAAUAAAUGAACAGGCACCGCAUUGAUUAUAUGCAACGCAGGACAAGCUAGUUAACCUAGUAAUAUCAUCAACCAUGUGUAGUUAACUAGAGAUUAUGUGAAGAUUGAUUGAUUGUUUUUUUAUAAGAUAAGUUUAAUGCUAGCUAGCAACUUACCUUUGCUCCUUGCAGCCACAAGGUCCUUUUGACGCUGCACUCAUGUACAGGUAGUCAGGCUGCCACGCAGUCUCCUUGUGGAUUGCAAUGUAAUCGGCCAUAAUCGGCGUCAAAAAAGGCCGAUUACCGAUUUUGUUAUGAAAACUUGAAAUCGGCCAUGCCGAUUAAUCGGUCGACCUCUAAUCACAGAUUCCUAUCGCAUUAUCAGAUCAUCACCACUGUGUUCAAAUGAACUGUUUUCCUUAUGAUGUUUUGUGCGAAUGGAUAUCCAUUUUUUUCGAAUUAAGAAAAAUAAGUGUUCUUAUGUGAGGUGUUGGUUGUGUAUAUCUUGAUGUAAGAUAUCCAUUUAAUGAAGUAGGUGUGUUUAUCUUCAAUACUCCCUUAAGAGAUGAUAUUUAUAAGUGCAGUGUGGGUAAUGGUAAGUAUCACACACUACUCUCAUGGGAAAUGGUUGGAAAAUAACCAAUGACUACAAAUGACCUUAAUGUAAUUAUAAUGUGUGUCAAGGCAUGGUAUGUAGAGGUGUAUAUUAUCGAGGGCCUUGAUCUCCAAUCUGCUCUGACCAUCUUUUCCACACAGUCUCUCGCUCCCUUCCACGGAUUAACUCUCACAAGAGAGCAUAUAAUCACACACCCAUGCAGAUCUGUUUCACUCAUAGAAUUCUCUCUCACACACACUAUUUCCCUGACCCGACACACACUUUGAGUUUGAUGCCUCCCAUUAGCGGGGGGGGGUGAUUGUUCCUCGUUGGGCUCCUGUGACUCCAUCACUCUCCAUCUUGUUAUUAAGAUGAACAGAGAGGCAAUCUCUUUCUCUACAGAGGUUUAAAACCUUUGAUUCGCUGUUUUUAGAAGUAAACAAGCACCAAUUUCACUCUGUGGGAAGUGGCGCUACAGCUUCUAAGGACCAUGUCAGAAUAAAAAGCGCUGUUUCUGGCAUGCAAUUACCCGCCCUGUCUAAAGGCGGUGAUGGUGGCGGUGGUUUUAAAAAGCAUAAAUGGGUCACGACAUCCUACAAUUCUCAUCCGACUCUAAUCUCAAGACAACCAAACAAAGCCUUAAAUUCACAGUUUCGCCACAUGCGUUAUUCCCCGUGUCCCUUGUGUACAAAGUAUAAAUAAAUCCAACAUACUUGCAACAUGCAUUACUAAUUGAUGUGGUUACGUUAGUGCAUCUGUUCUGCCCAGCUGCUGGUAUAACAAGGUAUUCAUGUUUUCUGGUAAAUUAUACAGUGUUUUUAAAUUUUUUGUUGUUGUGUACAAUAUUGACAGGACGGUGACCUGGAGAAUAUGAAUAAUAUUAAAAUGCUCCUAUAUUCCAAGAUGUUUGUGUCUCUCACUCUACAAGCUGCUAAGAAUAUAACAAUGUCUUCUGUAUCACCAUCUUGACUGUGUGGGUGUUUUUCAUUUGGAACCUUUUCGUUCCGGUUCGUCCUGUCAACAUUAAUUUUUGUAUUCUGGUGUUUAUUAAAGUAUGAUGGAUUUCUAAA